AUGAGCGUCGUCUCGUGGGCAUUACUGCAUCUGAGGGAGAUCUGGUCUGGUAAAGGCGCCUCCGUAGGAGACCAGAUCGCCGCGGCGAUGGCGGCAGCUGGAGGCCUGACGGCGGGGGACCGGAAGGUUCUGGCGGCGGUGAACUUGAGCGCGUCGACGCUGUCUCUCGUGGGCUCGGCAUUCAUCGUGCUUUGCUACCUUCUUUUUAAGGAACUCCGGAAAUUCUCCUUCACGCUCAUCUUCUUUCUCGCUCUCUCGGUGAGUUAUAUCUGAUUUCUUUUCCCCCUCUCUCUCCUCCUCGAUUUCUUUCCCGGACAACUGCGUUCCUCGAUUCUUACUUCCUGAAUCCUGCCGAUGAGCAUCCCAAUCUACUGUCGCUUCAAUCUAACUGUGUGCAAACUGUUGCGAUUAUAACUCGAUAUUCGUGAAUUAUGAAUUUUAUUUUAAAGUGGCCGCUUAGAUGAGCCUGUGAUGAGCACAUCUAUGAUUGUUGAAAAAAAAUCUGCGAUGUUUUUUUUUUGUUUGUCUGUUCAUACUUUCGUUGUUGAUGACUGGAUAUGUUUCUCAAUUGAGUUCGGUGACAAAUGGAGAAAGAGAUUGCGCUCUUAUUUCCCUGUAGCAGGCAUAAAUACUAUGUUGUACCUCAACAGCUCUAGUGAUCAUGUGAUUUGGCAGCUCAGUUUCCAUUCAUAAUGAUUUAGUUGCGGGAGGGUGUUUGAAUUCAGCGGGAACGGGCAUGUUUUUUCCUUACGACCAAACAGAUUGAUAAUUCAUGCAUAACGCAGCCAGGAUUUAGAUCCCUUUAGUGUCCCCAUGGUGGUCGUCAGUCUCAGUUCCAUGAGAUUUUCUUGGGAAUCUCACAUAUGAUUCUUGAUAAGUUAAUUCCAUUCAUUUCGGCCACUAUUUUCAUUUCUCUCGAUAAUAGAAUUCAAGUUUGUAUAGUAGAAACUGUUAUGAUUUCUCACAUACGCAAAAUUAGCAAUCCAAACAGUCUUAAGUUUUACCAAUCCGGAUAUGUUUAUAGUAAAAUAAGCUCUACUCAAUGUUGUUACUGGGAUUGUGAUAACUUAUUUGUAACUUUUUAUCUAUUAUAAUUCGUUCUUUAGGUGCUGAAGAAUCUUGGACUAUGUCGUCUUCUUUUGCUAUUGAUCUCUGUCUCACAUUAAAAAUUUGGCACUUCAUUUGCCUCUGUACUCUGAAAUAUGUAUAUAGUAAGAUUUUGAGUCUUACUUGAAUGUCUCCAUUCUGAUAAAGCUGUGUUCAUGGUGCAGGACAUGCUUUACAGUUUCUUCACAAUAGUCGGGUAUGUCUUUGCUUAUUAAAUUUUCUGGGUGAAUACAGUUUUUUCAAUAUUUAAGUUCAUAAGCAGUACAAAAGAAUAAUAGAAAACUGGUUUACUAGAUGGAUGUGUCUCGUUCUUGGCAUGAAAUGUUUCCUCCAUUGCAGAAAUUUCACGCUUAGUUGUUCUUUAUUAUCUAAAUCAUAGUUCACAUAAUAAAAGGGGGAAUAUUACAUUCAUGCUUAGAGUUGAGAAAUUGGGAUGUCAAUAAAAAUUGGUUAAACAUUCAAAUGAGGGUGUUCCGUUGAUGUUGGCAUCUUGAAUAGGCGCUCAUGCAAUUUUGAAGAUCUUAACUCCUUUCUCUUGUUGCAGGGAUCCUUCAAAUGGAUUUUUUUGCUACGCUCAGGACUAUAGUGCACAUUUCUUCUGUGUAGCAUCUUUCCUGUGGACUACGACAAUUGCAUUCACUCUUCAUCGCACUGUUGUUAGACAUAAGACUGAUGUUGAAGAUUUGGGAUCACUUUUUCACUUGUAUGUUUGGGGUAGGCAUUGUGUGAUCUUAUUCCAUAUCAUACCUUCUUGGUUUUUCAUUAAAUUUAAUCAAUUGUAGGAUUCAUCCGGUUUUAAUGGGUUAUGAAUGCCUCUUUCUGUAAUUAGUUCACAGGAAUUUAAGAUAUCAUUAGAUGUUAAGCACAAGAUGAAGGUUAUUUCAAAGGAAAAAAAUAAAGAAACGUGCCAAAAGUGUACAUAAUAUGCUGACAACGAGAUACAUGAUUUCCUUCCAGACGAGUUCACUUGAAAUAGAGGAUGAUCAGAGCACUGUUGAUGUAGUUGACUGAAUCAUAUGGUCCUAAAAGAAGCUAGAAUAUCCAUAUUAUUCGCAAUAUUGGAAAUAAAAAGAAACCCUAUCACCAUCAUAUCCCAGAUGUCGACGCCCCUUAUUUCGUCAUCUUCUCUGAGAAGGCCCGUCAUCUUGGAAUCCGUCUUGUCAAAGGAUUUUGUGCGAUUAUUUGUAGUAUGAAAUGAGUCAAUCGUCCACUUUAGUAUCUUAUAGAACAAAAAUGGUGAUAUUUUUCUUCCAUCUAAGCUGUGAGAAACAUGAUAAUACACAUAAAAAUAGGCUGACCAGCAACGCACAUUACGUAGCAAUGGUGAUAUUUAUCUUUAUGCUUGGGUAAAUUUCAUGGAUAUCUUAAUAGCCUGUAGUCUGUGACAGGUGGUGGAAGAUGCACUAACGCCCAAGCCUCCAAAUAGGAGAAUACAGUCAACCCUUACUGGACCUUAGACAGUUUCUUCCAUAAUCAAAGACGAUGUUUAGUGUCUUCUUUCCGAAGCAGGAAUGUCCUCCGAUUCUUCAAUUGCUCUUCUUUUUCUUGAUUGCCUAAAGAGUCACAGCUGAUAAUGUAUAGUGAUGAUUCUCUACUGUCAUCCUGGUCUUGACCUCAGCUUGUCCUUAUCUUCUCUGUACUCCUGGGGGAUUCCAAGGACAGAUCAUGUCUGAGGGAUAAAUGAUCCAAUGAAUCCUCAUAUAAGCUACUGUAGGUUUAGAUAUCAUCUACAAAAAUGUCACGUCUCCCUAAUGAGACGUUCCACAAAAGAAUCCUGACCUUUAAUGAGGCUAUAGGACCCCAAACUCAGAGGAACUCACAUGGUGUGCAGUAUAUCCAUCUAUAAUGAUGCGAUAAGCUGAUUAAACUGUAAAUCCAUCAACCCUUUUUUUCCUUUUCCGUAGAUUUGCCUCUGACAUAAAUAAUGCUCUUGGUUCAACAAUGUUAAAUUGUGCUUGAUCUUGCCCAAUAGGUAUAUUUUCUUGAAGGUUCCUGCAAAACAUUGCUGCUUACCAUUGUACUCCCUCUGCCUGUUAUCUACUACUUAUGCCAAAGAAUUUUUUUGCCUUGGAUAUCGUAUUUACGUAGUUGUCAGUUUCUCGUUGGCAUGGUUUUGUAAUUCCAGUGAAAAAAAUUGUUUCUAAAAUACCAAAGUUUCUAUUGUUUAUUUUUCAGAUUUCGAUUUUCUAAUAUCUGUCAUGUUUUAAUAUGACUAAUAUUAACAACAUGAUGCUUUAAUUAUGAAGCGUUGGUUUUUAACAAACCUUCCUCAAUUCUUUAUUUAUGCAGGUACUUCACUGGCUAUGACCGUUGUACGCUCCAUUGGUAAUGAUUACGGACGCUUAGGGACAUGGUGUUGGACAGAAACGGCACGCACUGGAAAGGUAUGUAGAUCUAUUAUUCUGUAUGCGAAGGAAAUCUUAAUAAAUACCUUUUUCCACCCUUUAAAGAAGAAAUGCCUUGGGGGAUUCUGAGUUGAAGCAUGUUUUUAUUAUCAUUAUCUUUACGUUAAUGCUGCCAAAGGAAACUUCUGAUGAAUCCCUGAUUAUCCCGUGACAUUCCAAAAUUUUGAAUUAAUCAUCAUAGGAUCUCGACAAUGCUCUCAUUGAUUUCAUUUCAUAGAUUUCUUUGAAAUGUAUUUUGAGACUUCCAAUCAACAUAGAACCCAGAUUCUGCGUUUGUGUGACUGAUGACAUGAGGAAGGGGUCAAUGUGGAACGUAUCGAAGGUUGCCCUUUUCUUGGUGUUUCCAAGGCAGUAUCUCAUUAUAUAUUAGUUGUAUGCCAGAACGUAUCGAAUGUAUUCUUGGUGUUUCCAAGGCAGUAUCUCAUUAUCUAUCAUUAUCUGCGUUUUGAUUUGUUUUCUAGCAUUUAGGAAAAAAAGUUAUGGGCUGUGUUCAUGUUGAAUAUGUUUUAAGUUGAAAUUUUGCAUCAUUUGAUUGCAAGGCCAUCAAAUGGUGCUGUUCUUAACAAGUUAGAAAAGUCUAGCCUCCUAAAAUCCGGAACUCAGAUCAAUACUGAAUUGAUUUUAUUAAAUUUUAUGCAUUGAUUGACGAGAUGAGCAGUAUUUUUUGCUGUGUGGUUGAUGACACCUCUCAGGAACUAUCUUACAGUAUAUAUUGAAAUGCCCUCUCAGAGGUUUCAUAUUCAUGAAACCUUAGUUUUGGAACUGUCCUCACUCUACAUCUAAGGAAGCAAACUAGUCAAUUUGUAGAAUACAUGCCUUUGAAAAAUAUAUGGGUAAUUCAAUGUAGAUUGGAUUUUAAUAGUAUUGCCUUUUUUUACGCAUACAGCUUCUCGUCAAUAACAUUUGGGAAGAGGACUUCCCAUGCAUAGGUGAUUGAGUUGAAUAGUUGUCGGACAGUUGGAACGGUGGGUAGGCCGGCGUAAAUGACAUUUUAUUUCUAGCUUCUACAUUUCAAACUUUAUUCUUUUAUUUUUUUUUAAAGAUAAGUGGGAAAUUUUGAGAGAAAAUGUUAUCUAAUCCAUGUAACAUUCAAAUUAGGUUCAUUGUUCUGGACCCAUGUGCUCAAGUUUCUACGGUCUUUUGUUAUUGCAGGCAAUUCACUUCAUAACAUUUUAUAUUCCGCUAUGGGGUGCAAUUCUAUACAAUGGAAUUACGUACUUCCAAGUGAUUCGCACGCUAAAGAAUCUGACACAGGUAUGGGCUCUGCUAAGUAUGGCACAACGAUAUGUAACUAAACAUGGUGAUUUAUUUCUGGAAAUGGUGACUUUCAAUAUUUGACCGAAUGGUGAUUUAUUUCUGGAAAUGUUUUCCAGUUUUAGUGAGUAUAAUUUUCAGAAAACUGAGAUACUAAAAAUGCUAAUUCCUGGGAGACUUCUUUUGUGCAGAUGGCAGUGGGAAUGUCCGACCAGUCAUAUCAAUUUGGCUCUCGGACUGACAUGAAGGUACGUGCUGGUUGUAACUCUCCUUCUUAGCACUGGGACCUUCAUACACUGAAUGAGCUUUCAUCAUUACUGAAUAUUCUAUGAUGUGGUAAUCAGACAAUGUUCCGUAAAUUGGAGUGUUGUUGGGAUAAAUAAAUAAAUAAAAAUGUAAAUAUUGAUAGAAUACUUAGAUACUACUCACAUAAUGCUACCCACCCGGGAUCUAACGAUUGUUCUACACUGCGAUCUUUGAGAAGCAGUUUGGUUACUACUGAGAUUCUUUUUUCGGAUCUCAUCUAGGAAAACUAAAAUGCUGCUUGUUUUGUUGUGAUGUACAACAUUCUUCUCUCUAUGUAGGCACUAAAACGCUGGGGUUAUUAUCCUUUGAUUCUGAUUGGAUCAUGGGCAUUUGGUACCAUCAACCGUGUCCAUGAUUUCAUUAAUCCAGGUCACAGACUCUUCUGGCUCUCAGUUCUGGAUGUUGGCCUUGCGGCCCUCAUGGUACGAUUUUCUUCAUCCGCCCUGCUUUCAUAAUUCUCUUCCUGUGGCUUGGAUUUACUGGAAGAGAACUGAGUGUAGAUCGUGCCUAAACACUGCUUUCAUAACCCCUUCAUCCCUCAUCCUCUUCAGGGGCUGUUCAAUUCCAUUGCUUAUGGGCUCAACUCCUCUGUCCGGCGCGCCAUCUCUGAACGACUCGAUCUGUAAGUUCCAGCUCACCAAGGCUCCUACUGAUCGCAGCGGUCCCAGCUCAAUCUCCCCACAAAUCUUUUCUCUGUAAAUAGUUAAAGAGCGAGUAACGCGUCUUCAUUGGUUGACCCCAGGUGUCUCCAGGAGAGCACCCGCCGGCGAUGGUUCCCAAAUCUGCCCAGCCGCCAAAGUCAGCAACAAGCAAGCGAGCUCGUUUCACUGAAAGUUGAAGCUCAGCAAUGA